CAACCCUGACUUGCGAUCUAUCGAAACGGCGAAAGUUUUCUAUGACGAUGAGAAGUCGAAUUUUUGGAUUUUUCGCGUGACAAGUUGGUGGUGAAAAAAACUAGGCACAACCUUAACAAUUCAUUUGGCAACUUCACUAACGAUUGGCUACUGAAAAGCGCAACGCUGGCUGGUGCGGGCGGUGCAAGUUGGGUGUGAAAAGUCGCAACAAAAAAAAAAUCAAUUGCCUCUCGGUCGUUUUCAAUUUUCAAUUCACAUUCUUUGCGUGUGCAAAAAGCGAAGGAAAGGCGAGGAAAAAAAUAUAGACUGCAAACGACAAGAAAAGAAGAAAAAAUAGAAAAGAAACGGCGAGCGGAAAGAAGAAGAGCACAGAAGAAGACCGAGGAAAAGGCAACGUAGAGUUGAAGAAAAUGUUGUGGAAAAGGGGCGGAGGAGCAGGAGCCGUGUUUUCGAGUCGCAAGCAGCAGAAGCAGUAUAAAUAAAUAACCAUCGUCGCCCAAGAGAGUGCUCGAUUUUCAACGCGAUUGGAAUCGCGGAAAAGCAAGUUGGCGAAAUACGAAACAUCGCAGUGAAAAUCAAAUUUUCCAAAUAGAAAGAAGAGCUCCUCCUCUCGCUCGUUCGCCUGCUCUCUCAUCCUCUCCUUCGCUCUCUCUCGCUCCCACUCUCGCGACUGGGUGGCAACGUGUGUGUGUGUGUUGCUGUGUGUGCCUGCUGUGUGUGUGAGUGUGCCGCGUGCGUAAGUGUGUGUGUAGCUCGAAAGAGCGAAAAAAAAUAGAUUUAAAAAAAAAAAAAGAGGAAAAGCAAAUAAGGAGAAGCGAAAUAACCGACUGUGUCUUUGUGUGGAAUUUCUUGAUAAUUGCAACAUACGUUACCAUGGAAUACUACCUAGGAGGAUAUGUGUACAUGAACGGAGAUGCACUCAAGAUCCAGCCGCCCGUCUACACCAACGUUCCUGUCGAGACGGCGAUGCUAGCCACUAAUCUGUUUGGCGCCACCACCCAAAUUGCAGCGUCACCCGCAGCAGCCGCCGCUGCCCACAUACCGUUGAUCACAGCCGCAGCUGCAGCAGCCGCCGCCGCAGGCGCUCCAGCAGUAGCUCCUCCAGUUGCCGUUGCUCCAGUGGCCACCGCAUCAACAGCACAAGCAGCAGUUGUGCCCGCCCAGCAGCAGCAGCAGCAGGCGCAUCCACACCAGGCCCAGAUUCUGGCCCAUACGCACGUAGCCCACCAACAGCAACAACAGCAGCAACAGCAGCAGCAGCAACAGACGCUCCAACAGCAUCUCCACCAGCAGCAGCAACAGCAGUCGCCGCAUCCCGCCCAACAUCUGACCUACGGCCAUCAGCCGGCGCUUCCGCAGGCCACGGCUGGAGGAUCAGGAACAGUAGCCGGAGGAGCAGCAGGAGCAUCCGGAGGAGUCGGAGAGGCGCAGGACACAAACGAAUACGCCAUCAUGAAUGGCGCACUCGCCCAGACCCAGGAUGGCACUGUGGUCUGCUACACCACAGACGCCCUGAACAACACGAAUUUAGUUGCUCUCGAUCCGCAGCCCCAUCAAAUUGUAGUGCCGGUCCAGGUUCCUGUCCAAGUCCCAGUGCCCGUUCAGCUCCCAGCCAAUGGGUCAGCUGAUCAGCAGCAAGGCAGCCACAAUGCAGCCGGUGGAGAGGAGCCCAACAUACCAUUGGACAAGCUCAAGCAAAUGCUGGCCACCCAACUUGAGUACUACUUCUCCAGAGAGAACCUGGCCAACGACACUUACCUACUCUCCCAGAUGGACAGCGACCAGUAUGUGCCCAUUUACACUGUGGCCAGAUUCAAUUUGGUGCGAAAACUAACCAAUGACAUCAAUCUCAUCACUGAGGUGCUGCGUGAAUCGCCCAAUGUCCAGGUGGACGACAAAGGUCUGCGCGUGCGUCCCAAUCGCAAGCGUUGCAUCAUCAUUCUGCGCGAGAUAUCGAACAACACGCCUCUCGAUGACGUCAAGGCUCUGUUCAGCAACGAGAGCUGUCCCCGCCCGAUAUCCUGCGAAUUCGCCGCCAAUAACUCGUGGUACAUAACUUUCGAGUCGGACGAAGAUGCGCAGAAGGCGUUCAAGUACCUGCGCGAAGAGGUCAAGGAGUUCCAGGGCAAGCCGAUCAUGGCUCGCAUCAAGCCCAAAUCGUUUAUCAAUCGCAUCCAAGCUGUACCAAAUAUGAAGAACGGCUAUCGCCUCACGUCGCCGCCGACUGCCAACGUCUUUGAUCCAUCCGGAGCCGGUGCCGCCACAGUUGGCUAUGCGGCUGCCCAGCAGCCCCGCUAUCUGUACACCAAUGGAGCGGCCAUCGCGGCUCCUGCCUCAGUUCAGUACAGCAAUCCAGUACUGAUUCCGAUUCCGCAGAAUCAAUUUUACCCCGGCUUGGUGGCUGGACCCUGGCCGCCUGGCACUGUAGCAGCCACUGCCGCCCAUGGGCAAAACUUUUACGAGCUCGGAGGAAACAUCUUUACCACCAAUCCUUUGGCUCCACCGCCUGUGACAGCCGGUUUCGCUCAAGCUCCACCACCCACCGCACAAGCAAUGGUCACGUCCAAACCGCAGGGCGGAGGGCGCUACAAUAACAAUCACCGCGGCAAUCCAAACAACGUGGGCGGUGCAAACUCGGGACCACGCGGCGAGUCGAGAGGCAAACCACCGCGCAACACACAAACAGCCUCGCACAUCCAGGGCGGCAGUAUUGUGCCCAUCCAGAUAACUGGUGCCAUUCCAGGAGGAAUGGUCAGCGUGGUCCCGGCCAACAUUGUGCAGGAUCCACUACAGCCAGCCCCUUUGCAACAGCAACCGCAGCAAGUGAUCCAACAAAUUCAGCAGCAGCCAACGAGCUCAGCUCAACAGCAACAGGCCUCGGUGCAGGUGAACAAUUCUACUCGCCACUACCCCAUCAAGAGCAACUGGAAGGGUGGCAUGCAGAAGAACCUUGACAAAAGCUAUGGUGGUGGUGUGACCACCCACCAUCACUACACCACACAGGUGCAGGCUCUGCCCGCCCACAGCCACCAUCUGCAGGCUCAGCAGCAGCAACAGGGACAGACUCAGCAGCAGCACUAUCAAUUGGCUUCCUCCAGCGCUGCCAGCGCUCCGCAAGUUACGUAUGUAUCCACUGCACCGGCUCCACAGCAGCAGCCGGGCCAGCAUCAACACCACCUGGUGGUCCAGCAGACGCAGCCACAGCCGCAACAGCAACAGGUAGUCCUUCAGCAACAGCAAGUGCAGGUGCAGGAGUUGCAGGAAGCGGGUGAUGGCGUCGAGCAUAGCUCUCACGCCAUGCAGCAGGUUAAUCGCAGCAGCAACAUGUCUGCCAGCUCCUCCUCAUCGCUGGCCACAUCGAUCAGUAAGGAGCCACUGCAAUGGCAGAACCGCCCGCGUCGUCGUCGUCGUGAUGAGGAGGGCGGAAUCAACUAUUCCCCAGGCGGACGAGUUGGGCUCUACGGCAGCUCGCCAUCAAACCCGCAUCCGCAGCAGCAUCUGAUGUCAUCUUCCACCGGGAGCAAUGUACAAUCAGGUGGCGGAACCGAUGGCGGUGGAGCAUCCCAUCGUGGCGGAGAGCGCCAGACCCACUAUAACACUAUCCACGACGUCCCACCGCCCCAGCACCGUGGCAACUACAAGGGCAAUAACUAUAAUCCGCACUACCACGCCCAGCAUUCAUCGAUGGCGAGUGGCUCGCACCAUCACCAUCACCACAACGCCCUGUCGUCGCAGCAGCAGCAACAUCACAUGACCACCGGCACUGGGCAGCAGGGCUCGGGUCAUCACUAUCACCACCAUCACCACCACAAUUCGAUUGGCAGCAAUGUGGGCAACAGCGGCGGCUUAGGCGUCAGCAGUGGCGGAUCCGGCGGUGGCGGAACUGGCGGAGGAUCGGGCAGCAACAGUCUGUCCGGCGGAAGCAACGAGCGCGGUAUUCACCAUAGCUCCUUGGGCUAUCAGGGUCACCAGCAUCAGCACCAACAGCAGCAGCAGCAACAGCAGCAGCAACAACAACAGCAACAACCAGCCGCACCCGUGCAACCGCCGCAGUUCGAUUUAGAGGAUGCUGCCUUUCCACCACUGCCAGCCACUUCAGCCACCGCUCCACACACACCUCAGGCCACUGGCGGAGCCUCCCUGCAUAACUCAACGACCUCGUCCUCCUCAUCAACAGGUUUGGGCCAAAAGCAGACCCUGCACCAGCAGCAACAGCAGCCGCAUCAGCACCAGGUGCUGAGCAGCAGCGUGGAUAGCGCCGGCGGCGAGGAACAACGCUCAAGCAAUCAACACAGUAUCGAGGCCGGCAAUAUUCACUUGGCCAACAGUUCUACCGCCAACAACUGGGCUGAGAACCGCCUGUCGGACGUGGUGCGCACUGGUGGUGGCGGCGGCGGCAGUGGAGGCAAGGGCAAAGCUCGUAAGGAUAACAGACACCCACAGGGCCAGAACCAGCCCCAUUUGGCCCACAACUAUCAGCAGCGUAAUCCACCCGUUAGCCCCACGCCAGUCCUGGGCGCUGAGUAUGGAAUCCAGAUUCAGGAGGGCAACAAUACUAAGAACGUUACGAAGCAGAGCUCCAGUAACAACAAUUCGAUCCAUGUGAUAAAGUGUCAAACACCAAAUAUCAAUGCCAGCAGCAAAGAGGAGGCAGCCGGAGCCCAGCAACAGCAGCAGCAGCAGCUGGACAAAUCAAACAAGACUGAGGAUGAAAUGCAUCCAAAGCAGCCAUCGCAGCAGCGACUGGUCGAAGGCUAUGUCCAGCAGCAGCAGUUGCCGCUGCUGGCUGGCCAUAACGAGUAUUCCGCUGCCCUGGCCGCGGGCGCUGGCGCCUGUAGCGUGGUGGAGGGUGGUCUGACCACCAGUUUGGCCGAGUGCAGCCUGGGCCAGCACAAGAAGCCGCCCUCGGUGGCCGCCCUGCAUGCCAAGAAAGACGCCAAUCUGCUGGAGAAAGGCGCCAGCAAGCACAAGAGCGUGGCCACGUCCACGUCUACAGAAAACCUUUCGGCUGCCGCCACGGCCAGCAAACUCAGCUAUGCCCAGGUGGCACAGCACCACAAGGCCGCUGCCUCCUCUGAUGGCAAGGAAACGGGCUCCGGUGGCUCCACUGGCACGCUGUCGCCCACCGGCAGCCACAAGAUGGACCUAGUCUUUGGUGAUCCCGCCGUCGUGGUGGCAGCCGUGGAGAAAAGCGGCCUUGCCACAGUUUCUACCGAGAAACGCGCCGCAGGUGGAGCCUCGCCCGCCGCGCUGAUCGGCAAACCAGUUGGUAAUCUUACGGCUACCAACAUUACCCAAGGCAGCAGUGCUGUCGUGGUCUCUGCCAAAGAGAAAGAUAAUCGUCCCAAUGCCGCCGUUCGCCAACUGAGCAAGGAGAAACAGCAGCAACACCAGCAGCAACAUUAUGGCUCUGCUACAGAGCACAAUACUAAUGCCAAUGUCGGCUUGGGGACUAGCGGCAACCGCAAGUCCAGGGCCAACAACUCUUAAGGGAAGGGGAGAGGAUAACCGCGUUGCCAAAGCGAGGCAACUGUGAAAUACCUUUGCAGGAUGCCUCUAAAGCUGCAUCCGACUGUAAAUAUAUGAAAUUCCAUGUGUAAAUAUGAGCAAAAACCUUUUUGUUAUACCAAUAAGAGCUAGAGAUAUCUAUGAGCUAACUAAGGAGGCAUAUGAAAGUAGUUGCCGCUGCUCGAAAGGACGCAGAAACCAGAGCAGAGGAGCAAGUAGAGAGCAGCAGGCGAUGCUUGGACCAGUUAUCAUAUUAGUAGGCAAAGACGAAGAAUGAAUGGUGCAUACCCCUUCUCCAGCUAUAUUUAAUCAGUUAUCAGUUAAUGUUAAUCUACCUAAGCUAAUGUUACCUAUACUCGGUGGGUACACACGCAGCUUAGCGCGGCGCGGAGGAGCAGGAUUGUGGCGACAGCAGACAGAGGAGAAGCGACAAGAGAUGUAUAUGCCUAAGCUAUAAUUACGAUUACCAAUAACGAUGCCGAGUGAAUAAGUCUUAAGAAGUUUGAGCGUAGUUAGCUAACUAGCAUCGAACGACAAAACAAAACUAAAGCAAGUUAAGGAAGCCAAGCAAAGAAAGCGAGGAGAAGGAAAUAUUAGGUUUUAUUGAUAAAUUACCGAUGAACUCAUGAAUCACACGUCGAUUUUACGUUAUAUUAUUUGCGUUUAAUAAUAUUUCAUCAUUCUCAUUUUUGCUUACACAUCAGAACGUAAUGUUUAUAGCCAAAACAGAAGUACACAGAUACGAGUGCGUAGCCUACAUAGCUAUGUCUCUGCUAGUCUCACAGGUUAGGGUUACUUCUAUUAUUUAGAUAUAUUAUAUAUAAUAUAUAUAUAUAUAUAUUUAUAUAUUGUUUGAAUCAUUGUAACAUUUUAACGCAAGAGGUUUUUUUUUAUAUAACUUGAUUAUAGGGAUUCUCGUACUUAGUUCACGACUUAAGGGAUCCCUUACACAGACACACCUGAAUACGCCUAGGCAAACUUAUCUUCCCCCCAGACACCGACUCGUGUAUACCCCUCAUUUUAUACUUGUAUCGUAUAUCGUGGGAAGGACUUACAUUUUAAAAUUGCAUUUGUUUCCACAUGAAAGCAAUUUUCUCAGUUUGAUGGUUUCACACGUCUAUUUCAACAAGCAAAGAACGAAAAUGAAAUGAAUUAAGAAGUUAGGUCAUUGCUAAAUACUAAACUUUAUCCUUACAAAGCGUAGGUGGACCCAGCUCAGCUCAUAAGACAAACACUAUCUAAUGUUAUAUUUACGACUUAGGACUCUAUACAAAAGGUGCCAUAACUAAAAAACACACACACACACAGACACGAAAUUUUAUGAGGUUUAGGAAGACACAAAACGGGCAUUUAAAACGAAUUCUUUACCAAUGUUUUACUGUCUCUCAAUUUGAAAAGAAGCUGCUUCAUCCUCGCCCCAAAUUAUUGAUGCUCACCUUAGGUAUAAAUUUGCGUAGAAUUGCAUACAUUUUAAUUAUUUAAUUUGUUUCCCUUUUAAUUGUUCACGAUUUACGCACAAAUUGAUUUAUGGAGUCUUAAUUUAUACAAAUUUAAGAAGCAUGUAAAUUAAUUCCCGAAGCAUUAAAACAAUUGGCAAGGGAGUAAAGAAAAAAUAAUCAGUAGAUUUAAGAGCGUACACACGAUAUCUACAAACUAUUCUAGGCAUAAGAAUUAAGUUUAGAUAUGCAUAUAUGGAUAUUCACACUAAACUUAACAACAUUAUUUCUUUUGUUAGUUAAAUUCCUUUUAUUUGAGAACAAAACUGCUCCGCCCUUUUACUUCGACACCAAAACGAAACAAAUCAUUUUCAUUUUAACACAUUCACAAUCUCACCCACUACCAAAACAAAGAAAACCCGCGUAUUAUGUUUAUUCUCUUUAAUUACAUGCUUAUGAACCCACUGUGAACACACUGAACAAUGUUUUCCCAAAAGAAAAAGUACUAAAACUUUCAUCCAAAAUCAAAAACGAAUGAGAAAUGAAAAAUGAACUCUAAACGCAAGACUUCCAACCAAAAUGAAAUUGAAAAUAUAAGAAAAGGAUAAGAAAACUGAAAAAUCAAUAUAUAUAUACACAUAUACUUUGUUUCUAUGAAAACAAUCGAAUAUGCUAAGUGCCUAUACUAACUAAUAUGUAACAUACGAGCAGGGUACCGACCGACCACUGAGCCAAGAACCAAUGUGGCCCCAUCCGCCCAUCAAAUCCCAUCAUCACAUCGCAUCUGAUCACAAACAACAACACACAACUGCCUCUAGGACAUAAACAGCAAUCAAUCAAUCAAUCAAUCAUUUAAAUUCAAACCAUUUAUUCACUCAUUAGUUCGCCCAGUCAGCGGGCAUCCUGGCUUGGUCCAGCAUACGGAUAGUUCACUAGGGAUGUUGGUCACCACACAGAUAGUAUACCUUGCUCAGUGUUUCGUCGCGUACCCGCCACACAAAUGUAUCUUUAAAUAAUUCAUAGUUUAUAGUUUGUAUCUUCCCCUCCAGAUCGAAGAAAGACCCAAACUGUAAUCCAACUAACCCCCAACACUCCAACACACACACAUUUCUUUGGAAAGUUCUCAAAUGAUUUUGUUGUGCUCAUCACUCACUGUCGGCUGCCAACACGAAAGAAUACAAAAUCACACACCACGCUACAACACACACUUUAAACACUUUACACACUGUACAGUUGAACCUCAAUAGGGCGGACUGCGACUGGGACUGCGGACUGCGCAUAGGGUGAAUCAAUGGAUGAGGGACAGCAUGUGGCCAGAGUGGAGCCAGCAGCUCGAUGGGCGGCGGCUCGAAACUUCCGACAAUGAGAUGUGAUAUUAUGCAAUUGACAAAUCAUCAAUUGUGUGCGACAAAAAAACAAAAACAAAUAAACGGAAUGCGGGUUGGCCCAUGCCAAUCGAGAUUGCCACGCCCACGCGGCCACGAGACAGUCGACACUUGGACACUGACACUGACACUGACCACGCUGCCCAUCCAGACGCUGAGAUCGAGAGACGAGAACCGAGAGCCGUGGCGAGAUAUAGAGAGUAUAGGGAAUAGGGAAAGUAAAGGAACAUUGUUGAUGUUGAAUAAUUUUAAGGAAUACAAUAAAUUAAAUUAAAUUGUUAAAUUGUAAACCUCAGUUCUUAAGUUAUUUAUUUUUGUAUACUUAAGCAGCGCAUAUGACACCUUGUUAUAUUUACAAAAUAAUACUAUUGCAAGUUCAGCAGA